AUCUCUGGGACACAGACUCAGCUUAACAGAGACGGACAUGGAAUAUGCGUGUGCACUAGCAUCCAGUUGCCUGCUAACUUGCUGGAACAGCUCAAGGGCUUUGAAGAUGUUCUAGGUACUGACUCUGGAUUCGUACCAAAACAGACUCCAUGGUAUUGAAGGUGUUUUGGGGUUCUCUGAAAACUGGCGUUGCAAGGCAAAAUUCCUUUUGAGCUAAUCUCUGAAUAGAAGAUAACCAUGAAGAGAACCAUGUGCCUCAUAAUCAGUCAUCUUGUUGCACUGUGUUUUGUCCUCUGUCUCGCAGCCUUAGUUCCAGAGGAAGGAAACAAAGGUUAUGGACCUGUUUUUGAGGAACAGCCCAUUGAUACCAUCUACCCAGAAGAAUCUUCAGAUGGGCAAGUUUCAAUGAACUGCAGGGCUCGAGCAAUUCCUUUUCCUACUUACAGGUGGAAACUCAACAACUGGGACAUUGAUUUAACAAAGGAACGCUACAGUAUGGUGGGAGGCAGACUGGUAAUCAAUAAUCCAGAGAAAUCGAAGGAUGCUGGAAAAUAUGUCUGCAUAGUAUCGAAUAUCUUUGGAACUGUUAGAAGCAGCGAAGCCACUCUGCGUUUUGGAAACCUGGAUCCCUUUCCACCUGAGGAACGCUAUGAGGUUAAAGUGCGAGAAGGUGUUGGAGCAGUGCUUCUGUGUGAUCCUCCCUACCAUUACCCAGAUGAUCUGAGUUAUCGCUGGCUUCUAAAUGAAUUCCCGGUCUUCAUUGCUUUGGACAAACGGCGAUUUGUAUCACAGACGAACGGCAAUCUCUAUAUUGCAAAUGUAGAAGCAUCAGAUAAGGGCAAUUAUUCAUGUUUUGUGUCAAGCCCUUCAAUAACAAAGAGCGUAUUCAGUAGAUUUAUUCCACUUAUUCCACAAUCAGACCGUGCAAAAGUGUAUCCUGCUGAUAUCAAGGUGAAGUUCAAGGACACAUAUGCACUCCUGGGGCAGAAUGUGACACUGGAGUGUUUUGCUCUUGGGAAUCCGGUUCCUGAACUGAGGUGGAGUAAAUACCUUGAGCCCAUGCCGGCCACAGCUGAGAUAAGCAUGUCUGGUGCAGUUCUCAAGAUCUUCAAUAUUCAGUAUGAAGAUGAAGGACUUUAUGAAUGUGAAGCGGAAAACUAUAAAGGAAAGGAUAAACAUCAGGCGAGAGUUUAUGUAGAAGCAUCUCCAGAGUGGGUGGAACAUAUCAAUGAUACGGAGAAGGACAUAGGCAGUGACCUCUACUGGCCUUGUGUAGCUACAGGCAAGCCUAUUCCCACCAUUAGGUGGCUGAAAAACGGUGCCUCGUUCCGGAAAGGUGAACUAAGAAUACAAAGUCUGACCUUUGAAGAUGCUGGCAUGUAUCAAUGUAUAGCAGAAAACACACAUGGAAUUAUUUAUGCAAAUGCUGAACUGAAGAUUGUGGCUUCACCUCCAACUUUUGAACUGAACCCUAUGAAGAAGAAAAUCCUAGCAGCCAAAGGGGGCCGUGUAAUAAUUGAAUGCAAGCCUAAAGCUGCUCCCAAGCCAAAAUUCUCAUGGAGCAAAGGAACAGAGUUGCUUGUAAAUGGGAGCCGCAUACGUAUUUGGGAUGAUGGGAGCCUGGAAAUUAUCAAUAUCACGAAGCUGGAUGAAGGUCGCUACACAUGCUUUGCAGAAAAUAACCGAGGAAAAGCUAAUAGCACUGGUACUCUAGAAAUGACAGAGGCCACAAGGAUUAUUUUAGCUCCACUGAAUGUGGAUGUCACUGUUGGAGAGAAUGCUACCAUGCAAUGUAUUGCAUCCCAUGAUCCCACGUUGGACCUCACAUUUAUUUGGUCUCUAAAUGGCUUUGUAAUAGAUUUUGAGAAAGAGCAUGAACAUUAUGAAAGGAAUGUUAUGAUUAAAUCCAAUGGUGAACUGCUCAUUAAGAACGUGCAGCUGCGGCACGCUGGAAGAUACACGUGCACCGCACAGACGAUUGUUGACAAUUCCUCGGCUUCAGCUGACCUUGUUGUAAGAGGUCCUCCAGGCCCUCCUGGUGGUAUAAGAGUAGAAGAAAUUAGAGACACUGCUGUAGCACUUACCUGGAGUCGUGGAACAGACAAUCACAGCCCUAUUUCUAAAUACACUAUCCAGUCAAAAACUUUCCUAUCUGAAGAGUGGAAAGAUGCUAAAACAGAACCAUCGGAUAUUGAAGGAAAUAUGGAGUCUGCUACAGUAAUUGAUUUAAUUCCAUGGAUGGAAUAUGAAUUCCGGAUUAUAGCAACAAACACAUUGGGCAUAGGAGAACCUAGUAUGCCAUCACAGAGCAUUAGAACAGAAGGCGCUCCUCCUAAUGUGGCUCCUUCUGAUGUUGGAGGAGGGGGUGGAAGCAAUCGAGAGCUGACAAUAACGUGGAUGCCCUUAUCACGAGAAUACCACUAUGGCAAUAACUUUGGUUACAUAGUAGCUUUCAAACCAUUUGGUGAAAAAGAAUGGAGAAGAGUCACAGUUACUAAUCCUGAAAUUGGCCGGUACGUGCACAAGGAUGAAUCGAUGCCACCUUCAACCCAGUAUCAAGUAAAAGUGAAAGCUUUUAACAACAAAGGGGAUGGACCCUUCAGUCUCACUGCUGUCAUUUAUUCCGCACAAGAUGCUCCAACUGAAAUACCUACAGAUGUGAGCGUAAAAGUUUUGUCAUCUUCUGAAAUCUCUGUUUCUUGGCAUCAUGUUUCUGAGCAAUCUGUGGAAGGAUAUCAGAUUCGUUACUGGGCUGCUCAUGAUAAGGAAGCUGCUGCUCAGCGAGUUCAAGUCAGCAAUCAAGAAUAUUCAACCAGACUGGAAAACUUGAAGCCUAAUACACGGUAUCAUGUAGAUGUUUCUGCUUUCAACAGUGCAGGCUAUGGACCUCCCAGUAGAACCAUUGAUAUUAUCACUAGAAAAGCACCUCCAAGUCAACGUCCAAGAAUUAUUAGUUCUGUAAGAUCUGGUUCAAGAUACAUCAUCACCUGGGAUCAUGUGAAGGCAAUGUCAAAUGAGUCUGCAGUUGAAGGAUACAAAGUGUUGUAUAGACCAGAUGGGCAACAUGAGGGCAAGUUGUUUUCAACUGGAAAGCACACAAUAGAGGUCCCAGUCCCCAGUGAUGGUGAAUAUGUUGUUGAGGUCCGAGCACACAGUGAAGGAGGGGAUGGAGAAGUAGCUCAAAUAAAAAUUUCAGGUGCCACCGCUGCAGUCCCACCGACGCUGCUCGGCCUGUUGCUGAUGGCCCUGGGUGUCCUCGCCUACCUGGAGUACUGAAUGUAGCCCGAUUUAUCCCGCCCUCCACCCAAGGCAGAGGAUUCCCUUGGAACACGAGGACUGCAGCCCUUUCUGAUUCCCGUGGCACCAUCCUUAGCCAAAUAAAUUACACUUUAAAAUAAAUUACCCUACUGAUUUCCUAUGGACUUUAAGAGGACUGAGGCAUCCAGGAACUCCUCCAUGAAGUAAAUCAACUUUUGAAAGGAUAAGAAAUGAUUUUUAACUUGUUCCAAUAUGCCUUAUAAAACACUUACACUGAUCUGUGACAGUUGCAUGAUUCGGUCCAAUGGGGCAAGUUACAGUGUUAAAACCCAAUAACCUAGGCUGUACAGUGAAAGUAAAAUCACCAUAUGUAGGUGCUUUAACUUGAAUAACAAAUUGUGAAAUAUAAUAGAGAUUGAAAUGUUGAUUGUAUGUGAUAAAUGUAAGAGUACUACGUCUGUCUGUACUAUCUUAUAUGUUUUGUGUACUGCAUAUUUUUGAAUGGCCCCAUCACCAUUUAUUGGGAUUACAAGUUUUUAGAGAUACAGUCAAAGCAAAAACAUUUAUUUAUUUUUAGAGCUGUAUUUCUCGAGGCUAUUGAAUAUAAUUUCAAAGAUUUGAAACAAAAUUCAGUGACACAGGAUUUUUUUUUAAUUUUAAAUAUGUUCACAACACCUGAAGAUAUUCAUAGCAUGCCAAACUUAAAAGAAUUAGCCAAGAAUUUCAGUGACACUAGAUUUACCAUAUUCUUUUUUUAAAAUAAUUCUGUUAAAAAAUGCUGAUUUUUAUAUCAAUUACUGUUUUAUUUUUUAUAGAGAUAAUGCUAAUGACUGAGCAUGCUCCUCCACUGCAGUUAAUUUACUCUGAUCAGGAUUUGCUGCUACAGUCUCUGGUUUUGAUUGCAGGAGUGAAAAGUCCGCUUUCAGAGAAGCAACACCAUAUAUUUCUUUUUGAUUAUUAUUAAGAUAUUAAAAAGAGCACUUAGUAGCUUGAAAAUAGAGUACAGAAUAGGAUCAGCCAAAUGGACCAUGAAGUGAUAGGAAACUUAUGUUAUUUUUUAAAAUGAAAGAUUUAAAGUAUAAAAAAAAAAAGAUAUAGAGUAAAUGGGAAAAACAGAGUAGCACAGUAAAAAUAUUAUUAUGAUAUUUACAUUUUUAUGCUGCAGAUACCAGGUGUUACCUUCCUAUAUUGAAGGCCUACAUUUGGGAAAAUUAUAUGCUUUUUCAAGAACCUGAUAUUAUUCUAAUGUUCAUAGUGUUGUAAAUAAGAGUUUUAAAGUUCUGAGACUGUUUCCCUAUUUGAUAGAAUUCUGAAUGAUCCAACUAUAUGUUAAUACCUGAACGUCCGAUCUCAAUUGUUAGUGGAAUCUAAAUGUUAACUAUGGCCUUUGCAAACUGGGAAUGCUAUUAGAGGUAGAGAAUGUUUUUGUUCUGACUGUGUCUACAGUGUUUCAGUGUUUUCUGUUUUGUUUUUUAAAUUGUUAAAGAAAUGCACAUUUUUUUUCAUUUUCCAUGGUGUGCUGGGACUUUAGUUUGAGUGUGAAUGUUGAAGAAACACAGUGAUAUUGAAUCAGCUGGCUCAAGUAAUAGUGCAAUGUCUGAUGCUUCAAGAAUUAUAAGCGUUGAAUCAUAUUUUAUUAGCACAACCUUGCUAGCUACUUAGAAAUAGAUUUUAUCUUUUUAGAACUGAUACUGUAGAGGUCCGUAAUAAUAAUAUUUACAUGAAGCAAGAAUAGGCCUAUUAAUAAUUUACACCUCCUUCUUUAAUUUGUAUAAUUUUGUACUAUAUAUUUACAUGUAAAAGUGUAGAGUCUUCAUUAAGAAAUAUCAAUAAUGCUGUUUCAGUUUAAUUUUAACUAUUUGUUACAAGAUGAAACUUUUUUAAAUAGGUGAAAGUGAUAACUUCCCUAUAAAGGAAUGUUAAAGUGUCAAACAAUACUGAGUUUCAUAAAUUGUGUAAUUAUUUGAAAGAAAAAUGUGUUGUUGUCUUCAUAUACAAGAAACUAAUACGCUGUAAGCCUUCUGUACAAAAAAUAUGUUUUGUUGUAUUUUAUUCAGUUUGGUUAUUUUGCAGUAUGACUCAUUUUUAUAUAAUAUACAACCACAACUAAAUCUAUUGCCAAAUGCAUGAUUGCCUUUUACU